AUGACAACGACAGGGAAAACGAAGCCGUUGAAGGCUCCAACUGACCGAAGCAACGACGACGAAGAGUUCACGGAACAAAAGGACAUCAAGGCUGAUUCGCCGACCGACAGCCAUCUCCUCUCGCAAUUAGAGCAGGAUGAGAAAGGACUGGCUGAGAAGGCCGGGAUCACCCAGGAUGUAUCGGAUAUCGGAUGGGGGCAAUCGCACGAUGACUUUGAGGAGAGGAUUGUGUCGGGCCUCUCGAACCAGGAUCUUUGGAUGUUGAUCCGGAGAUUUAAUAAGCAAAUUUACUAUGUCAAAGCCCUUCCGGAAGCCCCGUUACAGAAUCUUGAUCUCGUCCGUUUCGAAGAUGAGCAGUUUUCUCCUGAUAAAUUGCGCGCGACCCUGGAACGCUUCUAUACGACGAUCGUGGUGGCGAUGGCCAGCUUCUUCAAGCAUAUUGCUAGACUACGUUCGUGGAAGGAGACUCAUCGCACAUCGGCUUUCUGUGCGGUAUACUUCGUCGCAUGGGUUUUGGAUAUUCUCGCACCGACAUUCUUCUGCUUUCUCCUGGCAUUGGCUAUCUAUCCUCCAUGCCGGACAAAGCUCUUCCCGCCAGCACCGAUCGCACUCGUUGAUGUGAAUACCGGAGGGGUACAGAAACCAGCGGCCAAUGUAUUAGGCUCACACGACAGUAUCACGGGUGCUCCAGAGAAACUCAAAGGAGAAGCGGCCGAGCAGGAAGCUACCAAUAUGAUUACAAGUGUUGCCAGUGUUGCUGUUGGUAGCAUUGCUGGGAAACACGACCAGGGCACACCCGAGGAUGCUCCUUUGGAGGCUUCUGUACCUGACGCAACAGAUAUUAUAUCCGACACGGCUGAUGCGCAGGCCACUGCACAUGGGCAGGUCCCGGAGGAAAGUCACGAUAAGACUAGACAGCCUAUGAAAGAGAAGGUUUUGAACGGAGCAAACGACCUGAUGCGAAUACUCAGCGACAUCAUCGAUACCUAUGAGAAGCUUGGAAAUGCUCUUUCACCAACUUCGCCUUUCCCUACCUUUAGGCCCUUUGUCCGAUUCGCAAUUGUUUUGAGCUCCGCCGUCUUGAUUUCCUCGGUCAUAUCCAGUUAUAUGUUCGUCAAGGGUGGCACUUUCGUCGUUGGAUUUGCGUUUUUCGGGGAUCCACUGUUCUGGCAUGUUACUGCAUAUCUGGAUCGUAGAUACCCGGGUUGGAAGAAACUACUCCAGUUGCAAAAUUCCCUUCUGAAAGGCAUUCCCACCAACGCUCAACUCACAUUAACCCUCCUCCGCAUUGGCGAAGCAAACGCUGCACCCCUACCACCACCCCCUGACAACUCGCAAAUCAAGGCCCCAUCACACCCUGCCUCCCUCCACGCGGAGGAUCUGAGUCUCGGAGUCUCUGACGACGAGAUCCACCAAGCCGCCUCCCAAAGUGCCCAGCAGCUCCACCAAGAGGAGAAGCAGCCCGAAAAGUCCCAAAAGUCAUGGAUAUCCGGCGUCAUCGGCUUCUUCCGCGGCACCACCGCCACCGGCAUCCAAAGUAAGCUUGCCGUCGAUCGAGUUCGCGCAGCCGUCGGCUCCGGACACGCAAAGACGCGCAUCGGCGUCCUGCACCGGAAAGGUGUGACCACGACACCCUCAGGCCCCGUCGAGUUCGACGCCCGCUAUAAAGGCAAACGAGGCGCGCUUAUCAUCGACUCCUCGCUUGAAACUCCCGUCUUAUAUUUCACCACGGACGCGACAGCGCAACUUGACCCCCGGCUAAGCAGCAGGGGUAAAGGCGCCGUGCUGUUCGCGAUCCCGGUGACUGAGAUCCAGGAGAUGCGGAAGAUCGGCGGGUUGGGGUGGAAGGGGAAGAUUGUUGCGGGGUGGGCGAUGGGGAGCAAGGAGGUCGUGGAUGGGUUGAUUAUCGUGGGCAAGGAGCCGAAGCAGACGUAUCGGCUUACUGCGAUGAGGAUGCGGAAUCAGUUGUUCAAUCGUCUGGUGGCGAUUGAUGGACAGGUUUGGGAGAGCCUUUGA